AUGGCCAACCAAACUCCUGCCGUUGUCAUGGACAACGGCACGGGUUUCUCCAAGCUAGGUUUUGCCGGAAACGACUCGCCCUCAUUUGUUUUCCCAACUGCGAUUGCGACCAAAGGUCCUGCUGCCGGUAGCGGUGGCUCGGGGUCGGGUCGCCCUGCAGUUGCCAACAAACCGUCCUUCCUCACGGGAGGCGCCGGUCCUGGCGGGCACCUGCAGGCGAAGCGAGGAACCGAAGACCUGGACUUCUUUAUUGGCGACGAGGCUAUUGCAGCUUCAUCCGGGCCUGGCUACGGAAUUCACUACCCGAUUCGUCACGGUCAAAUAGAGAACUGGGAUCAUAUGGAACGUUUCUGGUCCAACUCGAUCUUCAAGUACUUGAGGGUAGAGCCGGAAGACCAUUACUUCUUACUGACUGAGCCUCCUCUAAACCCUCCGGAAAACCGAGAAAACACCGCCGAGAUCUUCUUCGAGUCUUUCAAUUGCGCCGGCCUAUAUAUUGCUGUGCAGGCAGUUUUGGCUCUUGCCGCCUCGUGGACUUCCUCCAAAGUCCAGGAUCGAUCCUUGACGGGAACCGUUAUCGACUCCGGUGACGGUGUCACCCAUGUCAUUCCUGUCGCUGAGGGCUACGUCAUCGGAUCAUCCAUCAAGUCGAUCCCGAUUGCCGGUCGCGACAUUACCUACUUUGUGCAGUCGCUUCUCCGAGACCGCGGUGAGCCGGAUUCAUCUCUCAAGACGGCACAGGAGAUCAAGGAGGAGUAUUGCUAUGUCUGCCCGGAUAUUGUCAAGGAGUUCUCGCGCUUUGAUCGGGACCGCACCCGCUUCCAGCAGCACGUCGUCACCCAGCCUGGCGGUCGACAGGUCACAGUCGAUGUUGGCUACGAACGCUUCCUCGCACCCGAGAUUUUUUUCAACCCCGAGAUCUACAGCUCCGACUUCCUCACACCUCUCCCGGUUGUCGUUGAUGGCGUCAUUCAGUCUUCGCCCAUUGAUGUCAGGCGAGGCCUCUACAAGAACAUUGUGCUUUCGGGCGGCAGCACUCUCUACAAGGACUUUGGUCGGAGAUUACAGAGAGAUAUCAAGCAGCUGGUCGACGCCAGGAUCAAGGCAAGCGAAGUCCGCAGCGGUGGCGCCAAGAGUGGUGGACUCGAUGUCCAGGUCAUCACCCACAAGAGACAACGACACGGUCCGUGGUUUGGAGGUUCUCUGCUGGGACAAACCCCGGAAUUCCGGUCAUACUGCCACACAAAGGCAGAGUAUCAAGAGUAUGGCCCGAGUAUCGUUCGGCGAUUCGCGCUGUUGGGUGGCCCUGGUGGCUCGUAG